AUGGAGGGACCACUCUCCCCAGGGGCCGUCAACGGCAGCUCACGAGCGCCGAGUCCCACGCCGCCCACGCCGCCCACGCCGCCCACCAUCGAUCCUCAGAUCAUCGUCGACUACCUGGAAAAGGUGCUCGGCGUCAAUCUGGGCGCUUCAGAGCGAGAUCUCUAUGCGCCUGGAAGCUUGCUCUCCGACGACAAGCGCACCGACACCCUGCAGAGAUGCGCGCAGUUCUCCAAGGAGAACCAGCUGGUGCUCUACAUCAUCAAGGAGAGAAGCCCAGAGGCUUCCGUUGACGCGUUGGACGAGACGAAUGGCGAGUACACGCGAGCCGACCAAGUUACGAUUUCGACUCUUCCCGGCUUCAUACUUUCUAAUAACAACUCGUCGCAAGAUGGCGCCCCCUUCGAGUUCAUCCAUUCGUUCAUUCAAUCUGCAUUUGAGCCGUACUUUGACAGCUACACAAAGACAAAGAACCAACGCAACCAGAAGGAAUUGUACAGCAAGGGCGAGAGCGACUCGAGGACAGGCAUCUCGGCGGCGAAGAAGAAGAUGGCAGAGCUGGCGUUGGCAAUGCAGCACCUGUCCGACAACGCUGACAUCCCCGAACUGCUCCUGCCAUUGCACCCCCACAUCCAGCUGGCUCUGCAAGAUGCGGAACGUCAAGGGUUAAAGCCUUCACCGGAUCUGAUCCCCUCAGCCGUCGUGCAGGACAGCGUCUUUCUCAACCAGCUACAAGGAACCGUCAACGGGUGGAUCAAGUCGAUACAGACCAUCACGAAAACGACUCGCGAUGUCUCCACCGGAACAGCUGCCCAGGAGAUCAACUUCUGGAUCUCGAUGGAAUCUAGGCUGCACGAUAUCGAGGCCCAACUGAGUAGUGCUGGUGUCCGGUUGACCCUGGACGUGCUCAAGAAUGCGAAGAGAUUCCAGGCCACAGUCAGCUUCAGCGCCGACACCGGAUUGAAGGAGACCACCGACCUGGUGCAGAAGUACAAUUCCCUUAUGAAAGAAUUUCCACUGGACCAGCUGCACACUUCGACGUCUCUCGUUGCUGUUGAAGAUGCCAUCAACCAGAUCUUCAACCACCUCAACAAGAAGCUGCGUAUUUGCCCGUAUCCAAUUCGCCGAGCCCUGCCUCUUGUGGAAGCCAUCUCCGCUGACCUUGAUGUCGAGUUGCACAAGAAGCUGUCCGGACGUACCUUGAUGCACAUGGACUACCCCGAGUUUCAAGCAAUCAUGGACGUCGCAGAAAAGAUCUGGCGUACAUGGGAAGACGAUGUCAAAGAGUUCACCAACGUUGCUCGCGAAGUAACGAGGCGGAGGAAUGAGAAGUUCAUCCCCAUCAAGAUCAACCCGCGCCAUCGAGAGACUGAGGAGCGCAUUCGCUACGUCACCACUUUCAGGAAGAAUCAUGAGCAGCUGCAGCGCACAAUUGUCAACGUUCUCGGCACGCAGUCCAAGCUGGCUGAUGGUUCGCAGACCAAGGAAGUGAUUAUCGAGGAGAUUGGCGACGUUGACGCCGUGAAGGAGGUCAAAGAAGCCUACGACGUCCUGAAAGACGUGGAUGUUUUGGAUGUGUCGCCAGAGGGCACGCGCUUGUUUGAGCAGGCUGAGCAGAAGUACAACGAACGUACCUCGCGUGUCGAGAACUCCAUCAUUGCUAGACUGCGCGACCGUCUGGGAACCGCCAAAACUGCCAGCGAGAUGUUCCGAGUCUUCUCCAAGUUUAAUCCCCUCUUCGUGCGACCUAAGAUUCGAGGAGCUAUCUCGGAGUACCAGACGCAACUCAUCGAAAGCGUCAAGCAGGACAUUCAAGCACUUCAUGAGCGUUUCAAGCGCCAGUACGCGAAUUCCGAAGCACACGCAAUGGCACAACUCCGCGACUUCCCUCCGGUUUCCGGAGCCGUUAUCUGGGCUCGACAAAUCGAAAUUCAGCUCGAAAAGUACAUGGGCAAGGUCGAGGACAUUCUAGGAAAAGACUGGGUUCUCCACGCCGAAGGACAGAAGCUUCAAGCGGAGAGCAACAUGUUCAAGAAGAAGCUAGACACACGCCCCAUCUUCGAGAGUUGGCUGCAAGCAGUCGCGCGCAACAAGCUUUCGAUCUCUGGACGUUUGUUUCUUGUCAGCAGGAACCGCGCUGCAGGCAAUAUCCUGGAGCUGAACGUGAACUUUGAUGGCCAGGUCAUUGCUCUGUUCAAGGAAGUGCGUAAUCUGGCGUGGCGUGGCCACCAAAUCCCGCACGGCAUCAACAACAUCUCGAAAGAAGCCAAGCGAGUCUAUCCCUACGCUGUUAGUCUGAUGGAGAGUGUCAGAACCUAUACUCAGACUGUUCGCUCGAUAUCUGAACUGAGUGGAGUUGCUCUUCUGCUCAACAACUAUGCCAACGACGUUCAAAUUCUCGUCGGAAAGGGCGUGCCUCUCAAGUGGGAGUCCUUCGUCCAUGCAUACGACUUGCAUGUUCGUCAAUCCGGGUUCCCUGCUGGAGCUGGAAGUGUCCGGAGCGAGAGCAAGCACGUUCAGUUCGUCCGUGACUUCCAGGCUGCAACAUCUCUGCUUCAAACCAAGGUUGCAACUCUUGUAGGCAUCAACGCUGUUGUUGACAAAGCGUUGAAGGAGCUAGAGGUAUGCCCAUACAACAAGGAGGCUUUCCAACAGAACUUGGAAAUCAUUCAGAAGUCCGUUGAUCAGCUCAAUCUCGAGAACUACGCCAACCUCGCCACUUGGGUGUCAGACAUGAAUGUUCGUAUUGAAUCCAUCCUUCUUGUACGCCUCAACCGCGCCAUGUCGCACUGGAUCGAGGUCUUCAACAACGAUGGCGAAGACGAUAUCGACCGUCGGCCUACAAGCGAACCCGCAGGCGGGGAUGCAAACGAAGUCAAACCUUCAUUAUCUCGACUAACCCUUGAGAUCACCAUGCGAAAUCAGGUUAUCUACCUGAGUCCUCCAGUAGAAUACGCCCGGGCGAGUUGGCUUGAGCAGCUUCAGCAAUGGCUCGCCGUCGUAUGCACGCUCCAGAAGAUCAAAGCUUCGCGAUACGAGAUCCGAUUGGAGUCAACAAAGGAUGCUGCCAGCAAUCAGUUCUCGGAGCUCCCAAGCAAGUGUACUAAUUCACUAAUUGAAGUGUACGGCGCCGUUGAGGGCAAGUUAGGAGACAUCUCUGCGUAUGUUGAUGAGUGGCUCCAAUUCCAGUCUUUGUGGGAUCUACAGUCUGAUCACGUUUACGACAUACUUGGGGAGGAUCUUUCACGAUGGCUGCAGCUUUUGCAAGAGAUCCGUAAGACUCGCUCUACGUUCGACAACUCAGAUAUUAGCCGUCGUUUCGGCUACGUCACGGUCGACUACGAUCAAGUGCAGGUCAAAGUCAACGCCAAAUAUGACCAGUGGCAACAAGAGAUUCUCACGAAGUUUGCCAGCAGGCUCGGCCAGCGUAUGAAUGAGGUCUACGUUGAGAUCUCGAAAGCUCGCAAGGACCUUGAGGUGCAGACCCUUGAAGCAUCCUCUACCGCUCAGGCUGUGUCGUUCAUCACAACUGUUCAGCAAUGCAAGCGUCAGGUAAUGGAGUGGGAACCAGAGAUCUCAACCUUUCGUCAGGGGCAAGCCACUCUAAACCGACAGCGCUACCAGUUCCCACAGAAUUGGCUGCCAAUGGAGCAGAUUGACCACGAAUGGCAGACGCUGACUGAAGUGUUAAGCCGGAAGACCAAAAUUGCCGACGACCAAGCCGAUGCGCUUCGAGCCAAGAUUGCCGCCGAAGACAAGAUUGUCAACCAGAAAAUCUCCGACGUGACUACCGAGUGGGCUGCGGAGAAGCCGGUAGCUGGAGACCUUGCCCCGGAAGAGGCAGCCGCCAUCCUCGCUAGAUAUGACAAGAGAAUUGACCAGUUGACAACUGAGUCCAGCAAUCUUUCGAAGGCGAAGGACGCUUUGGGACUGCCUCCAUCGCCUAUCACCAUCCUCAAUGACCUCUACGACGAAGUGCAUGACUUUAAGCAGGUCUGGUCAAUUCUUGAUUCUGUUUGGAAACGUAUCAAUGACCUUCGUGAGGAGCUUUGGACCAGCAUACAACCUCGUCGACUCAGAAAGAUUCUUGAAGACCAGAUGCAAGACACAAAGGAAAUGCCGGCGAAGCUCCGACAGUACCAAGCUUUUGAUCAUGUUCAGAAUACCUUGAAGCAACUCAGCAAGGACAACGUCAUACUCUCAAAGCUACGGUCUGAUGCUGUACGCGAACGUCAUUGGGUCAAAAUUUUCAAGCAACUGAGGCCUCAGAAGAGGUAUUCCCCGACUCAAAUGACUCUGGGUGACGUAUGGGAUCUUAAACUGGGCCCUAGCGAGAAAGUCAUCGAAGAUGUCAUCAGUCAAGCCACAGGCGAGAUGGCGCUGGAAGAGUUCAUCAGACAGGUUCGCGAGACCUGGCAAGAUUAUACGCUGGAGCUGGUCAACUAUCGGAACAAGUGCCGCCUCAUCAAGGGCUGGGACGAACUCUUCGCCAAGUGCAGUGAGAACCUCAACUCAUUGCAAGCCAUGCGACACUCCCCGUACUACAAGGAGUUUGAAGAGGAGGCUUCCGCGUGGGAGGACAGACUUAAUCGCGUCCACGUUUUGUUCGAUGUCUGGAUCGAUGUCCAGCGCCAGUGGGUCUACCUGGAAGGAGUCUUCACAGGCAAUGCCGACAUCAAGAGUCUCUUACCAAUGGAGUCCUCACGCUUCCAGAACAUCAACACCGAGUUCUUGGCCGUCAUGAAGAAGGUCUCCCGUCAACCAAGUGUACUCGAAGUGCUCAACAUCUCUGGUGUUCAAAAGUCACUCGAGCGCCUCGCUGAUCUCCUCAACAAGAUCCAGAAAGCCCUCGGAGAGUACCUCGAGCGUGAACGUGUAGCAUUUCCUCGCUUCUACUUCGUCGGUGAUGAAGAUCUCCUUGAGAUCAUCGGUAACAGCAACGAUGUUCUCCGCAUUGCCAAGCAUCUCAGGAAGAUGUUUGCUGGUAUUUCUGGUCUCAUCACCGAUGAGGAUGAUGUCAUCACAGGGUUCACUUCCAAGGAGGGCGAAGAAGUGAAGCUGCGUAAGAAGAUCUCGCUUGUCCAGACACCGAGAAUCAACGAAUGGCUCGGCGCACUCGAACUGAACAUGAAGACCACUCUAGCGGAACUGACAUUCGAGGCUUUCGAGGAGUUCGCUCAGCUCAUGACCGCUGAUACGAUGGACCCAGGCGCCUUCAAGGACUACAUUGCCAGGUACCCGACUCAAGUUGUCGUACUCGGAACUCAAAUCGCCUGGACUCAGACCGUCGAGGCGUCUCUCACCGCAGAAGGCACCACCCUGCCCGACCUUUACGAGAGACAGGUCAAGACGCUCAAGCUGUUGGCCGAUGCAGUCCUUGGCGACCUUGAGCCUAUCCAUCGUAGGAAAUGUGAAGACCUCAUCACUGAGUUCGUCCACCAACGCGAUGUCAUUCAUAAGUUGCAAAAGGUUGGCGCUCACUCGCCGACCCAUCACAUGUGGCUCUUGUCGAUGCGAUACGUAUACGAACCUGGCCAUGACUUGCUGAAGCGCCUGAGGAUCAAGAUGGCCAAUGCUGUCCUCGACUAUGGAUUCGAGUACUUGGGUGUAGCCGAUCGUCUUGUCAGAACUCCACUUACUGAUCGCUGUUUCCUCACACUCACCCAGGCUAUGUGUCAGCGGCUUGGUGGCUCGCCAUACGGACCUGCCGGCACAGGAAAGACCGAAUCAGUCAAAGCGCUCGGCGUGCAGCUUGGCCGCUUCACUCUCGUCUUCUGCUGUGACGACACUUUUGACUUCCAGGCCAUGGGUCGCAUUUUCCUUGGUAUCUGCCAGGUUGGUGCGUGGGGCUGUUUCGAUGAGUUCAACCGUCUUGAGGAGCGUAUCCUAUCGGCUGUCUCACAGCAAAUUCAGAACAUCCAGCUGGGUCUCAAGAAGGGGGCUGAAGACGAAAAGACUCAAAUUGAGCUUAUUGGUCGCCAGCUGAAAGUCAACGGCAAUACCGGUGUUUUCAUUACGAUGAACCCUGGCUAUGCCGGCCGUUCCAAUCUGCCUGACAACCUGAAGAAACUAUUCCGAAGCAUCGCCAUGUCUAAGCCGGACAAAGAACUCAUCGCCGAAGUCAUGCUUUACUCCCAGGGUUUCUCGCAAGCCCGAGACCUCUCGAAACAGGUUGUUCCCUUCUUCGAUAGCUGUGCUUCUAGUCUUUCCAAGCAAGCCCAUUACGAUUUCGGUCUGCGUGCACUCAAGAGUGUGCUUGUCAGUUCUGGUGGGCUCAAGCGAGCUCGCAUCGCCGUUGCAGACACCAAAGAGGCAGAUGAAGUUAUCAUGGAGCCUCAGAUUAUCGUUCAGAGUCUGCGAGAGACCAUUGCUCCCAAGCUCAUUCGCUCUGAUGUCGACAUCAUGAGGAGCAUUGAAGAAGAGGCAUUCCCUGGGGUUCGAUACAUCCCAGCAUCUCUCGACAAGCUGACUGAGGCCAUCCGCAAACAAGCAGCUCAGUCAAAACUGGCUGUCAGCGAAGCUUGGAUGACCAAGAUCCUCCAGCUUUAUCAAAUCCAGAACUUGCAUCACGGUGUUAUGAUGGUGGGGUCUUCAGGCUCUGGCAAGUCAGCAGCGUGGAAGACGCUUUUAGCUGCAAUGCAAGCAGUCGAAGGCGUGGAAGGCGUCUGCCACGUUAUCGACCCCAAGGUCAUGUCCAAGGAGCAACUCUACGGCACCCUGGAUAGCACAACCCGAGAAUGGAGCGAUGGUCUCUUCACCGGCAUUCUUCGCAAGAUUGUCGACAACCUACGUGGUGAAGAUAGCAAGCGUCAUUGGAUCGUAUUUGACGGCGACGUCGAUCCUGAGUGGGUGGAGAACCUGAACUCCGUUCUCGAUGACAACAAGCUGCUCACCCUGCCCAACGGUGAGCGCCUCAACCUUCCGUCCAACGUGCGCAUCAUGUUCGAAGUCGAGACGCUCAAGUACGCCACACUGGCUACAGUGUCUCGUUGCGGCAUGGUGUGGUUCAGCGAUGAUACCGUCAACGUCGACAUGAUGAUCGACAACUACAUCGAGAACCUCAAGACUACUGCAUUCGAGGAUAUCGAAGAUGAAUCUGUUGCACCAGGGCAAAUGUCACAGACCACACUUGCCACUCAGGGACUGAUCGCAGACUUCCUGAAAAUCAAACUUACCCAAGACCGAUUCAUCGAGAAGGCGCUGAGCAUGGCACGAAAAUUCAAGCACAUAAUGGAGUACACCGACAUCCGCGCACUCAACACCCUGUUCUCUUUGCUGAACAAGGCAUGCCGCAACGUCAUUGAGUACAACGUCCAGCACCACGAUUUCCCGCUUGAGGACGACAAGAUGGAGGCUUAUCUUUCCAAGAAGUUGCUUGUCGCUAUCGUCUGGGCGCUUGUCGGUGACUGCCCACUGUCAGACCGCAAGCAGUUUGGUGAUCUUGUAGCCGGUAUGACAGACGUUGAGCUACCACUUCUUAACGAAUCCACCUCCCUCAUCGACUAUGAUGCCAAACCCGAGAAGCCAGACUGGGACAUGUGGCAGAACCAGGUACCCAAUGUCGAAGUCAACACCCACUCCAUUGUGCAAACAGACGUUGUCAUCCCGACCCUUGACACUGUCCGACACGAAGACGUUCUUUACUCAUGGCUUGCUGAACAUAAGCCACUGCUGCUUUGCGGACCGCCAGGUUCCGGUAAAACUAUGACGCUAUUCAGUGCUCUUCGCAAGCUUCCGAAUAUGCAGGUCGUCGGUCUCAAUUUCUCCAGCGCAACGACCCCCGACCUACUGAUCAAGACCUUCGAGCAAUACUGCGAGUACAAGAAGACUGUAAAUGGUGUUCAGCUCACACCAACUCAGAUCGGUCGCUGGCUCGUCAUCUUUUGCGAUGAGAUCAACCUGCCUGCACCUGACAAGUAUGGUACUCAACGUGCAAUAUCCUUCUUGCGUCAGCUUGUCGAGCACAAUGGCUUCUGGAGGACUUCAGACAAGACUUGGGUCACUCUUGACCGCAUCCAGUUCGUCGGUGCUUGUAACCCUCCAACAGAUGCUGGUCGUACGCCUAUGGGCCUACGUUUCCUACGCCACGCCCCGCUUGUUAUGGUCGAUUACCCCGGUGAACAGUCACUGCUUCAAAUCUACGGCACGUUCAACAGCGCCGUACUCAAGAUUAUUCCAACUCUACGCGGUUACUCAGACGCUCUGACUAGGGCCAUGGUCCAAUUGUAUUCCGAAUCUCAGAAGAGGUUUACUCCUGACAUCCAGCCUCACUAUGUUUAUUCACCUCGCGAGCUCACACGCUGGGUACGUGGUAUCUACGAAGCUCUCCGACCGCUAGAGACACUACCAGUCGAAGGUCUCGUACGAAUUUGGGCGCACGAAGCCUUGCGAUUGUUUCAAGACCGUCUCAUUGCUGAAGAUGAGCGAGCGUGGACUGAAGAAUGCGUCCACCGCGUUGCAUUGGAGCAUUUUCCCACCAUUGAUGAAGACAAGGCUCUCAGUGGCCCUAUUCUGUUCUCCAACUGGUUGUCGAAGAAUUAUGUACCAGUCGAGCGUGAGCACCUUCGAGACUUUGUCAAAGCACGUCUUCGCACGUUCUGUGACGAAGAGGUCGACGUUCCUCUCAUUCUAUUCAACGACGUCCUGGAACACGUCCUUCGCAUCGAUCGAGUUUUCCGUCAACCUCAGGGUCAUCUCAUUCUCAUUGGUGUGAGUGGUUCCGGAAAGACUACUCUGUCGCGCUUUGUAGCAUGGAUGAACGGUCUGAGCGUGUACCAGAUCAAGGUUCAUGGCAAGUACACAGGCGAUGACUUUGACGAGGACCUUCGCAACGUACUCCGUCGCUGUGGUUGCAAGGGCGAGAAGAUCUGUUUCAUUCUUGACGAAGCCAACGUUCUUGACUCCGGCUUCCUGGAGCGCAUGAACACACUGCUCGCCAACGCCGAAGUGCCUGGUCUAUUCGAAGGCGACGAGUAUGCCACUUUGAUGACGUCUAUCAAGGAGGGCGCUCAGCGACAGGGCAUUAUUCUCGACUCCCAGGAAGAGCUCUACAAGUGGUUUACCGAGCAGAUUGUCAAGAACCUGCACGUGGUUUUCACAAUGAACCCUCCUGAGGAAGGUCUUUCUUCCAAGGCUGCCACCAGUCCCGCACUGUUUAACCGUUGUGUACUCAACUGGUUCGGAGAUUGGUCAGAUCAGGCUUUGUACCAGGUCAGCUCUGAGUUGACUCAGUCCGUGGAUUUGGACCGAUCAAACUAUGCUGCGCCAGACAGCAUUCCAAUCGCUUAUCGCGGGCUCAAACUUCCACCUUCUCACCGCGAGAGCGUAGUCAACGCUAUGGUCGCCGUCCACCACUCUUUGCGAAGUAAAAACAACAAGCUGCAGAAGACGCAGAACCGGAAGAUGUAUUUGACACCUCGCCACUUCUUGGACUUCGUUGCGCAAUACGUCAAGCUCUACAACCAAAAGCGGGAGGAUCUUGAGGAGCAGCAACGCCAUCUUAACGUCGGUCUAGAGAAAUUACGCGAAACGUUCGACAAAGUCAAGGAACUGCGAGUGAGUCUCGCUGAGAAGAAGACACAGCUUGAACAAAAGUCUGCAGAAGCGAACCAGAAGCUGCAGCAAAUGGUUGCAGAUCAACGGCAGGCCGAAGAGAAGAAGGCUGGCGCUAAGCAAUUAGAGGCUCAGCUCCAAAAAGACCGCGAAGAGAUCACGAAGCGAAGUGUGGUAGUCAACCAAGACUUGGCUGCUGCUGAACCGGCUGUUAUCGAAGCACAAAAGAGUGUUCAGAAUAUCAAACGACAGCACUUGACUGAAGUUCGAUCCAUGGGCAAUCCGCCAGCUGGUGUUAAGCUGGCCUUGGAGGCUGUAUGUACGCUCCUUGGCCAUAAACCGGACAGCUGGAAGACCAUCCAAGGUAUUGUCAGGCGCGAUGACUUCAUUGCCAGUAUCGUUGCCUUCGACAAUGAGAGGCAGAUGACUGCUCCACUGCGUAGGAAGAUGCAAGCAGAGUAUCUGUCCAAAGAGGAUUUCACUUUUGAAAAGGUGAAUCGCGCGUCGAAGGCUUGCGGUCCACUUGUACAGUGGGUCUCAGCACAAGUCACAUACUCUGAUAUUCUCGAUCGGGUUGGACCUCUCCGCCAAGAAGUCUUUGACCUCGAGCAGGAGUUAGAGAAGACUGAAGAGGGCGCACGUGAGACUCAGAUUUUGAUUGCAAAGCUCGAUCAGAACAUCAAGCGGUACGAAGAGGACUACGCCGUGUUGAUCAGCGAGACGUCAGCCAUCAAGAACGAGAUGUCAACUGUUCAAUUCAAGGUCGAUCGCAGCGUGCGUCUGCUCGACAGUCUGUCCUCCGAGCGAUCGCGAUGGGAGGAGAGUAGCAAGUCUUUCGAUUCACAGAUUGACACCAUCGUUGGAGAUGUUCUUGUUGCUGCCGCUUUCAUUGCCUACGCUGGUUACUAUGAUCAGCAGUACAGGAAGGCUUUGACUGAAGACUGGUAUGAUCAUCUCAAGAACUCUGGCAUCAGCUUCAAGACACCCAACUCAUUCACGGAGUACCUCUCGACUGCCGAUGAUCGACUUACAUGGCAGCACAAUGGUUUGCCCGUUGACGACCUGUGCACCGAGAAUGCCAUCAUUCUCCAGCGCUUCAACCGCUACCCGCUCAUCAUCGACCCAUCCGGCAGAACAACUGAGUUCUUGCAGAACGAAUGCAAGGAUCGUCGCCUCACGGUCACGAGCUUCCUGGAUGACUCCUUUACAAAGCAGCUUGAGAGUUCUUUGCGUUUUGGCAACCCCAUCCUGAUCCAGGAUGCUGAGCACCUUGACCCGAUUCUAAAUCACGUUCUCAACAAGGAGUACCAAAGGACCGGCGGCCGUUGCCUCAUCCAACUAGGCAAGCAAGAGAUUGAUUUCUCGUCAACAUUCCGUCUCUAUCUUUCAACUAGCGACCCCUCUGCCAACUUCGCUCCCGAUAUCUGCAGUCGCACCACAUUCGUCAACUUUACAGUCACGCAGAGCAGUCUGCAGACUCAGACUCUCAACGAAGUUCUCAAGUCUGAGCGGCCUGAUGUGGACGAGCGACGUUCCAAUCUCAUCAAAAUGCAGGGUGAGUUUGCUGUUCAUCUACGCCGACUUGAAAAGCGUCUUCUUGAAGCCCUCAACGAGUCUCGAGGUAACAUUCUUGAUGACGACCGUGUCAUUGAGACCCUGGAGACUCUCAAAAAAGAAGCAAAGGACAUAUCAGACAAGGUCUCGGAGACCGCUGGUGUCAUGACGGAGGUUGAAACUAUCACUAAGGAGUACACUGUCGUUGCCCGUUCGUGUUCGGCUAUCUUUGCAGUCUUGGAGCAGCUGCAUCACCUUAACCACUUCUACCAGUUUUCUCUCCAAUACUUCACUCAGAUAUUCGAAACAGUGCUCAAGAAAGUCAAGAACGGUUCCACCACGAAUCAUGCUGCACGCAUCGAUCAAAUUAUUACUGAGCUCUUUGUCGAUGCCUACCGUCGCACUUCGUUGUCUCUGCUACAGAAAGACCGCGUCACCUUUGCAAUGCUCCUCGUACAGGCGGCGCCAUACAAGAUGGACAAGACCCUCAUCGAUAAGAUUCUCGAUGUGGACGUAGAGGCAGUCGAUGUUUCCACGCAGCCCGAACGUAAGAAAGAAGCAUUGCAACGCGCAACCAGGUUAUCCAUCUUCAAGAACGAGCUUGAGAAGAUCGACGAGAACGUCUGGGAUGCCUUCCUGACAGAGGAGCUUGGCGAGCAACACGUGCCGCAGGCUUGGCCAGAAGAUCUCAACAAGUUUGACAAGCAAUUGCGGGCUCUCAUCUUGAUCAAGUUGUUCCGCGUCGACCGGUUUGUCCCAGCUGUUGAACGCUUUGUCACCGAGGUAUUCGGCAAAGGCAUCCUGGAUGCCAGUGGUGAUCUUGGCGACAUCGUCAAGCAAGUCAACGCCACCACCCCUAUUGCACUCAGCUCCAGCCCUGGCUUCGAUGCCAGUUACAAGGUCGACAACCUCGUCGAACGGGAGCACGUUUCCUGCUCCAACAUCGCCAUGGGUUCGAAUGAAGGUGCUACAACUGCGGACAAAGCCAUUGCCAAUGCUGCUACCACCGGCAACUGGGUGCUUGUCAAGAACGUCCAUCUGGCCCCUCAAUGGCUGCAGUCACUUGAGAAGAGACUGGAGGCGCUCAAGCCCAACCCCGACUUCCGCCUCUUCCUGUCGAUGGAGUCCAGCCCAAAGAUCCCGGUCAACCUGCUUCGAGCUUCUCGUGUCUUGUCGUACGAGCAACCUGCUGGUAUCCGCGCCAAUAUGAAGGACUCACUGUCAUCUCUAGCGGAGAAAGCUAUCAAACCGCCUGUCGAGAAGGCGCGCAUCUAUCUCAUCUUGUCAUUCCUGCAUGCCGUGGUUCAAGAGCGUCUCCGAUACGCGCCAACCCUUGGAUGGAAGGGCUUCUGGGAGUUCAACGAUAGUGAUUACGAAUGCUGUAGCUUCAUUGUCGAUACCUGGAUCGACACCGUCGCCCAGGGACGUUCCAACAUCGCUCCUGCCAAGAUACCAUGGGAGAUGAUUACCACUCUCAUCAUUGAGAUGUACGGCGGCAAAAUUGACGAUGAAGCAGACUGGCGUACCCUGGCUUCUAUUGUCCAAGAUUGUAUGACGCCCGCAGCCUUUGAAGACAACUUCAAGCUGGUUAAGGAGACCGAGCACAGCGUGGGUCUGCAACUACCCAGCACUACUGGUUGGAAAGACUUCAUGCAAUGGGUCAACGACCUUCCUGAACGUGAGCCGCCUACGUACUUGGGGCUUCCGGCAAACGCAGAGAAGUUGCUGCUAGUGGGACAGGCGAAGGAGAUGGUGGAGAACCUCAAGAGGGUCACUGAGAUGCUGGAUGAAGGAGAGCAGAUCAUGGCUGAGGCUGAGUCGUAG